AUGUCGUCCACCGCUAUGGCGAAGAAGAAUAAGGGAAAGAAGGCGGCCGAUCCCAACGAAACGUCCAAACUUUUGGCCGCCAAAAUCUCGCAGUUGGAGCAAGAUGCCGCCGGCGAGAAGGAUCAAGAGGCGGAAAUUGAGCGCGAAGUCAAGAAAGCCACGCGGGAUCUUCAUUCACUGCUGAGCACCAUGGAAUCGCCGAUGAGUCGCCUGGAGGCUGUUCAGAGAAAAUACGCCGAAUUGUUGUCGGAUAUGAAGAAGUUGGAUCGCGAUUACUCCAAGAGCAAGAAGCGAGCGGACCAACUGCAGAAGGAGCAGGACAAGGGAAAAUCCGAUCUCAGCAAAUCCGUGACUAUGAAAGACAAACUGGAGAAGUUGUGUCGGGAGCUUACAAAGGAAAACAAGAAAAUCAAGGAUGAAAAUAAGAAACUGGAAGAUAAUGAGAAGCGAGCUCGUUUGAUCGUCAAUGAACGACUUGAUUCGCUUCUCUACGAUAUUCAAGAUGUCAUGGCAGCCAAAGGAAACCCUCGUAGCGAGAAGGUCGAUGUUGAUUUGGACGAAGCUCUCCGUGCUAAGCUCAAGACUAUUAGUGAGCAGUUUGACACCCGCGAUAUGCAUUACAGGGGUCUUCUGCGUAGCAAGGAUUCCGAGAUUUCAAGUCUGGCCUCCAAGUUUGAAGAUCAGCGCCGGGUCAGUGAGGUCGAGAACAACCGAUGUCGGGCUCUGACCUCGCAGGUCUCAACUUUUUCUCACACUGAAGCCGAGUUACGCAGUCAACUCAACAUCUAUGUGGAGAAGUUCAAACAGGUCGAGGAUACUUUGAACAAUAGCAACGACCUUUUCCUAACGUUCCGCAAAGAAAUGGAAGAAAUGUCCAAGAAGACUAAGCGCUUGGAGAAGGAGAAUCAUACCCUCAACCGCAAGCACGAGCAAACCAACCGCAACAUUCUCGAAAUGGCAGAGGAACGAACUCGGAAUCAUGAGGAGCUGGAAAGAUGGAGACGCAAGUGCCACCACCUGGAAGCCCUUUGUCGACGCAUGCAAGCCCAGGGCCGUGGCGAGGGCCUAGCUCUCGCCGAAGGCGAUGAUCACUUGGAAGGCGAUGACGAAGGGACUGAAAGCGAGUACGAUGAUGAUUACGAAGACGAUGAAGAGGACAUGAGCGAUGAGGACGACCUCGAACCACCUCGAGUUGACCAACCCCCAGAGAAGCCCGUCUUUGGCCCAACUCCGCCUCCCAACCUGCUAGAGGCUCGAGCAAACGGAAAUGCGGUGGUUAAUGGCUGUCAUUAA